AUGAAACUUACAUCGGAUUUGGGAUAUGCUUCACCAAUAGUCAGUUUCGAUUCAACCAGAAGAAUUAAUCCAUUUGAUAAGAAUUUACAAAAUAGUAAUAACACCAAUACUAGUAGUACUAGUAGCCUUCCAACAUCAGAAGAUCUUAAAAUUACAUCUAAAGCAAGCAAUACAUUUACAGAUACUAAAAAAUAUACUACAAGCAAUGUUAAUACAUCAUUUUCAUCAAUUGACAGAUCUAAUUCCGUCGAUUACAAGUAUAGCUCUGAUUAUAAAUUCAAAGAUUACGGUACUGAAAAUUCUUAUUUACCAUCAAUAAAUAAAACUUUUGAGAAACCCGAAAAAGCUUGGCAGGAUUUCUCAACGAAACCAUUAAUAACAGUAUUAAAUGACCCUUUGUAUCCUAUUAAGGAUACAGAUUUUCCAGUUGUCACUCUAUGUUCAAGUAACCGAUUAUCGAAAAAGGCUGUGCUGGAAUAUGCAAAUGAAUUAUCAUUACGCGAGGAAUCAGAUAAUAAAAAUGUAACAAAUAUUGUGGAUAAAUUAAAAAUGCUUAGUUACCUAUAUAGUAUAAGCUCUGUUGAUGGUAUUGAUGAUAGUGAAUUGCUGUCCUUUGGUAAAUUAAUUGAAGAUUUUUCGAAUGAUGUCCUGAGAAGAUUAACUCCAAAAUGUGAGGAUUUAAUAGUAAGUUGUGAAAUAGGUGGUGAAACAAUACAAUGUGAUGAAAUUAUUAAACAACAAAAUUCAGAGUAUGGUGAUUGCUGUACUUUUAAUAUAAGUGAAAAAUCAACUUUAAAUAAUAUUAGAGAAGAUUAUUUAUUUAGAAGCUCUGAUACUGGAUUGAUAUUAGUUGUUAAUAUGUCGACAGAAGAUUAUUUUUACACCUUAUUUAACACACAGGACCAUGUUAUACAUGUCUAUACAAAAAACAAAUAUGAUGACGGUUCAUCUGGUGGUAUAAUUGAAAAAUUUAUAACGGCUGGCGAAGAAACUUUUAUUGGAAUUAUUAAGAGAUUUUUACAUAGUGACGAUGAAGUUCAGAAAUAUGGAAUAGAAAGUCGAAGAUGUUUAUUUCCAAAUGAAUUGCCUAAAAAUAUUGCACCAAAUUAUGGCUUAAAUAAAUGUUUAACAGAAUGCCGUAUCAAUAGUAUUAAAGUAUUAUGUAAAUGUAUACCAUUUUAUUAUUACGAUGAAGCAAUAUUCUCAUAUGAACGUAACAGUGACAAUACAAUACAAUUUUGUACAUUACAACAUGUUGCCUGUUUGGAAAAAUACCGAUUUAAGUGGAUUAAUGUUGUCACAGAACGUAUUAAAAGCAAGGAACUAGAAAAAGAAAUUGAAGAUUCAUUAUAUUGUCCCCAAUGUUAUGUGUUAUGUUCAAAUUCACAAAUAAAAGCAUCAGUGAGUAGUUUACCAAUACGUCAAAGUAUGACAACAAGCGAAUUACUUAGUGACUUUUCAAAUUUUAACGAUUUGGCAAUAGUAAGAGUUUUUUAUAAAGAAGGUUUUGCAAAAUAUUAUAAGCAAACUUUAAAAAAUUUUUGGUUUGAGGUUUUUAGUACAAUUGGAGGAAUUUGCGGAUUAAUGACAGGUUUGUCAUUGGGUGCAUUGUGUAAAAUUAUAUAUUUUACAAGGUUAGGUUCAAGCGGCUUCCCGAAGGUUAAAAUUUGUUCAUUUAGACCAGUUGUCGUAUCACCGGAAAUCUUUCUUUACCAUCCAUUAGAAGUAGCUCCAACUCCUCAGGAAGCAGCAUGGUAUUUCUUAUAUGAUGAAUAG